CUAUUUUUUUUCUCUCUAGCCGUUGGCUUUGUCCUAUCCUUUCAAUUAAAUUCAAUUCCACACUUUCAAUCUCUCUUCCUAAUCACUUUCCUUCGCUUUCACUUCCCAACAAGCCAAGUUAUAUAUAAAGAACCAACAUAGCCCAACACCAAAGAAACCCACAAAUACACAUACAUACAUAGUUUAUUUAUAGGCCUACAUAUAUAUUUCCUCUCACCCACCUAUUCUUGACACACAUUUUAUGACCAUUUCCCCCCAUAGUUUAGGCACAAGGAUUUUUCCUUUUUAAUGGAUUGCUUGGUCUCGCCGGUGACUAUCUUGAAGAGGCGCUACACGGGGUCACGGCUAGGCUACCGGCCUUUAAGCGAAGAUGGGUUCGAGGAGUCGGGGCAUCAAGUGACCGUGGUGGUCGGGAAGGAGAAGAGAGAGUUCUUGGUGGAUCCAUUUGUGCUAGAAGAAAACCCCUUUCGGGUUUUGAUUGAGAUGAUGAAGAAGAAUGAUCAGGAGAAGAAUUUCGUUGUGGAUCAUAGGAGCAAGAAGAGGGUGAUUUUCGUGGAUGUGGAUUCGAUUUUGUUCGAGCACAUGUUGUGGUUGAUGUAUAAUGAUUGUUCUUCUUUGUUUAAGCUCAACCUCAAGGAGAUAAUUGAUUUCUAUUCUCAAGAUUACUAGCUAGAUCAGGAGGAACACACAAAAACAUACGUAUAUGUAGAUGUACUGUACUAACUUUGAGUUUGUCGGUGUCCCUCUGUAAAGGAAAUUUUUAUACUAUAUAUCCUAAACUCGCUAUAAUACACAUGUUCAUGAAUAACAUUAUUACGUUAUUUA